AGGAAAAAAUAAGGGGGAAAAAGCUGUGAAUGAAGAGAAAAAUGGCAGAAAGGAGGAAAGAUGGAAAGAAUGAUGGGAAGAAGGAGAGAAGAGAAUCAGUGUGGCCAUCAAUCAAACUCAAAUUGAACCUUCAGAUCAAUCGCCUCAAAGAUAACGAUCUCAUUACCGUUGAGAAUUUCUUUACUCCAGCUGAAUCAAAGGCUUUUGUCAAAGCUGCAGAGUCAAUUGGGUUUGUUCACCAAGGAAGUCGUGGUCCUGCAUAUGGCGAAGCUUAUAGAGACAAUGAUCGUGUAUCCAUGCAUGAUCCUGAUCUUGCAGAUGCAAUGUGGAGAGUUGGACUGAACAAAUUAUUUUCCGACAUCAAAAUUCGAGGCAAAGUUGCUGUUGGAUUGAACCCUAAUAUUAGAUUUUACAGGUAUAAGGCUGGUCAGAGAUUUGGACGGCAUAUUGAUGAAAGUGUAGACAUUGGGGAAGGGAAGCGCACACACUACACUUUGUUAAUAUAUUUAAGUGGCGGUACCAAAUCUAAAACCAAAGUUGAUAAAGAUUCUCAGGAUUCAUUGUCUGAGAUCCUUGUUGGAGGGGAAACUGUCUUUUAUGGUCCAAGAAACGCUUUGGUUGCUGAGGUACCUCCAACUGAAGGAAUGGCUCUUGUUCACAUUCACGGGGAUAAAUGUAUGUUGCAUGAAGCUCGGAAUGUCACUAAGGGUAUCAAAUAUAUAUUACGAUCUGAUGUUGUAUUUUCUUGAACAAAUACCAAGCCUAAAUGAAUCAUCUAUGUUUUCUAAACCUCCCCUUGAGUUUAAUGAGCACAAAAUCUCUCCGACUUCUUGUAAUCCACCUACAUCUAUUUGUAACUUCUUUUUUAAGUCGAAUGACUGCUGUAUUCUGCCAUAAAUCUUGUUGCUUCUGGCAUCUCCCUGUGAAGAAUUUAAGUUAUACUUCUGUAUCACACAUGAAAAAGCAUUGAAUCUUUCACGAGUA